GUUUAAAAGACAUGCAUCGUAUGUGAACGGCGGAGCUGCGGAGGCGUGCGCCGGGAUUAGGCGUCGACGCGAGCUCUGAGCGCGCGCGCGCCCCGCGAGUCCGACACACCGGCAGAGAACAGGACACGACAUGGCAUCUCUGGGGCUGAAGGCGAUUGUCGGAGAAAAGAUUAUGAACGAUGUCAUUAAGAAGGUGAAGAAGAAGGGAGAAUGGAAGGUUUUGGUGGUGGACAAGCUCAGCAUGAGAAUGGUCUCAUCAUGCUGUAAAAUGACAGAUAUUAUGUCUGAGGGAAUAACAAUUGUCGAGGACAUAACCAAGCGACGCGAGCCUCUUCCUACCAUGGAAGCCAUAUAUCUCAUUACUCCAUCGGAUGAGUCAGUUGAGGGACUCAUCAAUGACUUCAGAGAUCCCCGAAAUCCCAUAUACAGAGGGGCACACGUGUUCUUCACAGACACAAUUCCAGACUCUAUGUUCAACUUGAUAAGUAAAUCCCGUGCCUCUAAAUCCGUAAAGACACUGACUGAGAUUAACAUCGCCUUCCUGCCCUAUGAAUCACAGGUGUUCUCAGUGGACAAACAAGAUGCCUUCCAGGAUUUCUACAGCCCGUUUAAAGCUGAUGUAAAGAAUCAGGUGUUGGAGCGUUUAGCAGAGCAAAUAGCCACCUUGUGCUCCACACUGAAAGAGUACCCAGCUGUUAGAUACAGAGGAGAGUAUAAAGACAAUGCAGUCCUGGCCCAGAUGCUUCAGGACAAACUGGACGGUUACAAAGCAGAUGACCCCACUCUGGGAGAGGGACCUGAUAAAUCACGUUCCCAGCUAUUGAUUCUGGAUCGGGGUUUUGACCCUGUCACGCCACUUCUGCACGAGCUCACAUUUCAGGCCAUGGCCUAUGACCUGCUGCCCAUUGAGAAUGAUGUCUACAUGUAUGAGACCAGUGGAAUGGGUGACACUCGUAUGAAGGAGGUGCUGUUGGAUGAAGACGACGACCUGUGGAUGACUCUGAGACAUAAACAUAUAGCAGAGGUGUCCACGGCUGUGACUAAAUCACUUAAGGACUUUUCUGCGAGCAAAAAGAUGAACACAGGAGAGAAGACCACCAUGAAAGAGCUCUCCCAAAUGCUUAAAAAGAUGCCACAGUACCAGAAAGAGUUAAGCAAGUAUUCAACUCACCUGCACUUAGCAGAAGACUGUAUGAAGCAUUACCAGGGUACAGUGGACAAACUGUGCCGUGUCGAGCAGGAUCUCGCAAUGGGCACAGAUGCAGAGGGUGAGAAGAUCAAAGAUCCCAUGAGAGCCAUCGUACCCAUCCUACUGGACGCCAACGUUACCAUCAUGGACAAAAUCCGAAUCAUCCUGCUCUACAUCUUCCUCAAGAAUGGUGUGUCGGAGGAGAAUCUCUGUAAGCUCCUCCAGCAUGCUCAGAUCCCUCCAGAGGACAGCGACAUCAUCUCUAAUAUGGCCCAUAUGGGGGUUCCCAUCAUUUCAGAGCAAGCAACCACGCGUAAAGGGAAGAAAUCUGACCGCAAGGAAAGAAUCAGCGAGCAAACAUACCAGCUCUCCCGAUGGACUCCUUUGGUCAAAGACAUCAUGGAGGAUGCCAUUGAAGACAAGCUCGACCCAAAACAGUACCCUUACAUCUCCACGCGCACAGCAUCCUCAAAGACGACCACAGCUACCAGCGCACGCUAUGGAAACUGGCAUAAAAACAAGAGCCCAGGAGAGAUACGCAACGGCCCACGCAUCAUGGUCUUCAUCAUUGGGGGGGUGACCUACAGCGAGAUGCGCUGCGUCUAUGAGGUCACACAGGCCAACGGCAAAUGGGAAGCUCUCAUCGGCUCCACCCACACCAUCACUCCCGUUAAGUACCUCAAGCAUCUGCAGCACCAAGACUUCCUGGACCCUAACGCAGCCCCCGAGGACCAGCUUCCCGAAGAAGACAAGUGAUGAAGGCAAGAAAAAAGAAUGUAGUGCCGUCAUGGGCCUGACUCGCUGUUCUGAUGCCAUCAGUGCUCCUACUAGAUGAGCGUUAAGACACCCAUACAACAUCAGUACAAUAUCAAUAUAUCAGGCAGCCUGCCAUCCUUCAGCACUUCCCUCGGCGAUAGGCUAUAGUAAAGUAUAUUACAUUAAUAGCCUCUGUUAUAUUUAUUAAUCACCUUAAUGUAAACCUCAGAUUGUAUCAAAUGUCAUUAUCAAAAAUAAGGAAUUAUUUAGGUGUCGUUCUCCAUUUUUGGUAAUAUGGGACCAGUUGACCAUUAGGUAGAUGAAAUAAUAAGAGAAGAUUAUUUGAACACAGCAUAGCAAAUUGAGUUUGAGUUUCCUUUUCUGUAAAACUAUUUUGAAUUGAAUCAGUAGUUUGACCUGCUAUGCAGCGUCUGCCAAGCAUGAUUGUGUCUGUUUGAUACCGGAUGUCCCAUUGUGAAUAUCAACUGCUUUGUGUUAUUUUAAUAUCGUGGCUUGGAAACAAUAGUUACAGUACUUGUCGUGUAUAUAGACUUUGUUAAUAUAGUAAAACCUCCCUUGCUGAUAUUAUAUUUUUCUUUUGCAUAUCGACCGUUUCUUGCGUAGCAAUGUAGUAUGAAUGCUUUUUAUGUAAUAAUCUGUUAUUUACGCUAAGAAUACACAUUCCUGCUGUGUAAAUAUAUAUGCCAUAUUCAAAUAUAUUUAACAUGUUUAACACAUUAGAGGUGCAAACGAUUGUCUUGUGCAUAUAGUACAAUAAACUGGCUUCUGUUAAACAUC